CAGUAUCAUUUCGUCAAAAUACUUAAUACAACGCCAGAUCCUCACCUCAAACCCAGCCUGCCGGAGUUUCCUUCCCUUGCAACUCUUUCUCCCUCUUCGGUCCGAUCAGUCGCCUGAAGGUCUUAACAGAUUUGGACAAAGAGAGGGCCAAUGGAGGAAGAGAUUAAAGAAUUACUCAAUGAUCUUGAAUCACUCAAGAAAAUGCUGUCUGAUCCCACUCAGUGCCAAUUGGUUGAUAAGAUUCAAUUGCAUGCUGAGCAUCUCUCAGCCCUAACAAAUUCAGGACCUUUACGGCGCUCAAAAGUCAAGGACAUGAGUGCUGAGGUGGUUGAUAGCAAUCCAUACAGCAGGCUUAUGGCACUUCAGAGGAUGGGCAUUGUGGAAAAUUAUGAAAGAAUACGAGGGUUCUCUGUUGCCAUAGUUGGCAUAGGUGGUGUAGGCAGUGUUGCAGCUGAGAUGCUAACAAGGUGUGGCAUUGGUCGCCUUUUAUUGUAUGAUUAUGACAAAGUGGAGUUAGCUAACAUGAAUAGGCUAUUUUUUCGUCCGGAGCAGGUUGGUAUGACAAAGACAGAUGCUGCUGUUCAAACCCUUGCUGAAAUAAAUCCUGAUGUUGUGCUUGAGAGCUAUACAUUGAAUAUCACAACAGUUGAUGGUUUUGAGACGUUCAUGUCAAGCCUCCAGAAUAAGUCAUUCUGCCCAAAUAAAGAAGGUAGUGGGGUAGAUCUUGUUUUAAGCUGUGUAGAUAAUUACGAAGCAAGGAUGGUAGUAAAUCAGGCAUGCAAUGAAUUAAACCAGAUUUGGAUGGAAUCUGGUGUAUCUGAAAAUGCUGUCUCAGGUCACAUACAAUUGUUGAUUCCUGGUGAAACUGCCUGCUUUGCUUGUGUGCCUCCCUUGGUUGUAGCAUCUGGAAUUGAUGAACGCACUCUCAAGCGUGAAGGUGUGUGUGCUGCCUCUUUGCCUACUACCAUGGGAGUUGUUGCCGGGCUUUUGGUUCAGAACACACUGAAGUACUUGUUAAAGUUUGGACAUGUGUCCCCAUAUCUGGGAUACAAUGCUCUGAAAGAUUAUUUUCCAACAAUGGAGAUGAAGCCAAAUACUCAAUGCUCAAAUGCAGCUUGUUUGGAGCGACAAAGGGAAUACAUUCUUGCAAAGCCUGCCAGGGAUGCUGCUGCAAAAGCAAAGAUGGAGGAGGAAGCAUCAAAAUUAAUAGAGAUCCCCAUUCAUGAUGAUAAUGAAUGGAAUAUAAGUGUACUCGAUGACAGUGAUCUAGAUAGUGCAAAUGCCAAUAGUUCAGGUGUACUCCCCGAAGGGCUCGUUCAUGAGCUGCCGACUGCAGAUGAAUUUCCGAAUAUUCCUCCUUCUGAGACCACUUGUCCUGUGGAUGACCUUGAAGAACUUAGAAAGCAACUCGAUGCCCUUAAUGCCAACUAAUCUGGACUUUGAAUGUACUGGAUAUUUGUAGCUGUGCUAGACUUCCACCAUUCCUAAAGAGCAAAUAGACUUUUUCAGUUGACUUCUUAGAUUGAGUUUCUGAGUAUAGAGGAACCAGAAAGAGCAGGGAAGAAAAUAACUUCCCUUUGUUACAGUGUUAUUUUCGAUGGAACCACAAAGAGUUUUGGCCUUUUAGCUUACUUUGAACUUGUUGUAAGCACAAA